GCAUGCGCGAUAAAGAGUCUCGACUUGUGUGACGCUCGCUCCAGUAGUAGGCCUGCAGAACCCGCCGGCACCGGCGCUUUAGCCACCACGGCUCCAGUUACGAGAAACUUUUUUCAGAAUUAAAAAGAUAAUUAUUAAAGGGUAGUUUUCAUUAGUGUAACGUGGAGUGCCGUGAUUCAAGCAACAUGCGGUGGCUUCUGGUGGCGAUUUGUUGCUACGUGGUCUGUUCAGUCUCAUCGGCACCGGCAGAAAGCGAUGAACCGUACCUGAAAAUAAAUACUAAGCAGAACACGUUCAACGUGGGUGAGAGAAAAGCAAUAUAUUGCGAAGGACAACAUAUAACGGGUGAUCUGGAAUGGUAUGAUCCCUCUGGCGAUAAGAUACCGCCGAGAUCUGCCAAGGUUAAGAGGAUUUAUGUGGAGCCCCGUGGUGCAGCUACUGACGGGCCCACAUUUUUGCCUUUGAUGAUACAAAAUGUGGUUAUUGCUGAUUCAGGAACCUACAUUUGUAAGGCUGGGGAUCUAAGUGUCAAUAUCACUAUUUUUGUGGGCGAAAAAGUAGUAAUUAAAGAAUCUGAAGAAGAUCUAGUCGAGGAAGAAGGUCAUCAUGUUGAUUUAUCCUGCCAAGCCAAGGGUACACCAGUACCAGUUGUUCAAUGGUACGAUAAAGACAGCCAGCCCAUAGUGAAUAAUGCAAAAUACAGGAUAACAUUAAAGCCUAGAUCCAGCACUAGUGUCCUAAGAAUAAAUGACCUGAGUCACAUGGACCCCGGUACUUAUAAAUGUAAAGCAACACAGGAAAAGAUUUCACAUUUUGCGGAAAAGUUUUUCCACUUAAGUGUGAGGCACAAGCCGGUAAUAAUCAACGAAUACUCGGAGAGUGAAGUGUACGCUAUUUUAGACGAAUGGAAAAAUAUAACGUGCAAGGCCAUCGCAUAUCCCGCGCCUACCUUCACGUGGUCGAAGCACGACGACAACUAUGACGAGGAAAUGAGAAGCGAUGGCGCGGACCAUAAAAUCACCACUUCAAAAGAAACAGACGGGAACUCAGUGUUGACGCUACACAUUACCAACGACACACUCGAAAAGCAGUACAAGUGCACGGUAGAGAACCCCAAGGGUCGCCAGAACAUCGUGUUCCACGUGUCGCUGGGGAACAAACCUGACCCACCAACCGCUGUUGUGAUGUCAUCUGCAACUGCAAAUAAUUUAACAUUCGAAGUUUCCUGUGAAAACUGUACAUUUUACAAAGACGAUGGCAUAGCUCCUAAUCCAGAAAAUCUCCCUGUUCUUGGUUACGUCUUCGAAGUUGUACCGCACAUGGAGGGGUUUACGGUACCAUACUGGCUGAAUGGGACGCAAUACACGUUCGACAUUACUUCCGAUAACGAGACUACGUUUACAAUCGGCAAUUUGGACAAGUCUACAGAGUACCACGUACGAGUAGCGACACGAAAUAUUGCAGGCCAAUCCGACUGGUUCGACGUCGUAGGGUUCCCUAAAACAACAGAUGGAGCUGCUACCUUAACCAAAUCGAUUGGGUUACUUAUCUUCGCCUUAUAUGUCUCCCUAAGAUACUAGCGUUUUAUGCCAACUAGAAAAAUAUGUCUAAUGAUAUUGCUUUCGUUGAAAAUUUUUCUCCGGAACGGCUAACAUAACUUGU